GAAUGAUUUUUGCCAAUUUUGUGGCAGUGAUGGACAAUCAUAGCGGAAUCGGAAGGAACGGUGACGACACAAAGUAUGCGGUCGGGAGCUCCACAUUGACGAGCACCUACGCAAGAGGAUAAGCACAAGAGCUUGGUCGUACCUGCCCCCAAGAGUACCUCAGCUACGGAGGUACUUCCUGACAGCUUCUCCAUCAUUCCUCCUACUGCCCCUCCAUCUGCGUCCACAGUCCGUUGAGGCCUUUUGCUUUCCUAUUCCUCUCCUCUCCACUCCACUCAAACACACAAUGUUCCGCGCCGGUACUGCUCGCCAAUUGCGCGCCCUCAGUGGCCUCGCAGCGAGCGCCCCUCGUAGCUCUCAAUUCUCGUCCAAGCUAUGCACUCUCUCGCAAGUUACUCGCCCGCUCGCGGUUGGCAAGCCCAUGACACUGGCCAUGGCUCGCUAUGCCACCCAGCCAUCAGCAAUGGACAAGAUCAACAAAGAGGUGGAGUCAAAACUAGGAGAGCAAAAGCUCAAGGCGGAUCCCGACACUGUUAGCACCACUUCGUCGACUCAUCCUGUCUUUGGCGAAGUUGGCAUGGCCGAGGACCCGCACAAGGACGCCGACAUGAUGGCCGGUGUCAAGAACGAUUUGAAAACCAUCAAGGAUACUUUCUCGCUCGAGGGCGUCCCUCAUCAAGCCUACACCUUGGGAAUGGCUGGUGUACUUCCCUACCUAGGAACCUCGCUUUCCACAGUCUACUGCGCUUGGGAAAUCAACCAUGCACACAACACCGGCUCUGGAUUCUUGAUGAGCGAGCAAACUGCUGAAGCAGCUCUCCACGUCUUGGAGCCCCUUCAAGUCGGAUAUGGCGCCGUCAUCAUCUCAUUCCUUGGCGCUAUCCACUGGGGUCUGGAGUUUGCUGGCUACGGCGGAUAUCAAGGUUACAAGCGCUAUGCAAUCGGCGUCUGGACCCCCGCAGUCGCAUGGCCCACAAUCCUUCUCCCGGUUGAAUACGCCCUGAUCACCCAAUUCGUCGCUUUCAACUUCCUCUACUACUCGGACAGCCGCGCUUGCAAGAGGGGCUGGACCCCUUCGUGGUAUGCCGUAUACCGCUUCGUCCUGACAUUCAUCGUCGGUGCCAGUAUUGUCAUCUCGUUGAUUGGCAGAGGCCAGAUCGCCGACCGUAUCAACAAGCUGCCUGGUCCUGCCGACAGAGUCCGCGCUCUGCGUGAGGCCCAGGGCCAGCAGCGCGACGAGGAGGAGGCCGCCAAACGUGCCAAGGUCGUGAAGGACGAGGAGGAUGAUGAGGAGUAGAAAUCCAAACAUCACAAACACUCGUCUCACGCUACCAAGAAGCGCGCCUAGAACGACAUGGGCUGUCUUCCAACGACAACAUUUUCUUCCGGAUGCUUUCCAAUGUAUGUACUCGAAUGACUAGUUAAUAAUUAGCAAGCCAAUGCUGCACGUUUUGAUGAACCACGUGACAUGUUCACAGCC